CUGCAACCGCCCAGCCGCGUGACCCUCGCGCGCCAAUGGCCCAGCGGUCUCCCAGGCGACAAAGGGGUCGCUGCUCCUCAGCCUCCGCCACUGAGCCCCCGCCAGCCCCGGGUCCGCACUGCAGAGACCGCGGCGAGCAGGCGCACGGCCCACGUGCUGGGCUGCGGGAGGGCAGCAUCUGAGAGCUGCACUGGGCAGGCAGAGCCACCUAGGCGCGGGGAGCCCAGCAGACGCAGCCCACCGCGCGGCUCACUAGCCAAGGCGGCGGCAGGAGGAGGAGGACUGCCUUGCGCCAGGAGUUGAGCCGCGCCGCGCCGGGCGCCAUGGCGGUGGCUAUGCUGCGCGACUGGUGCCGGUGGAUGGGGGUGAGCGCGCGCAGGGGCCUGCUGGUGCUGGGCAUCCCGGAGGACUGCGAGGAGGCCGAAGUGCACGAGGCCCUGGAGGCGGCCCUCUGGCCGCUGGGCCGCUUCUCUGUGCUUGGCCGGGUGUUCCGCGAGGAGGAGAACGCCGCCGUGGCCCUGGUGGAGCUGGCGCAAGAGGUGGACUACGCGCUGGUGCCCCGCGAGGUCCCGGGCAGCGGGGGGCCCUGGCGCGUGGUGUGCGUGCCGCGCUGCUCAGGCGAGGAGGUCCUGGGUCGCGUGUUCCACUUCCUGGAGCAGCAGGGCCAGACGGCGGAGAGCGUGGCCGGCGCCCUGGGUCUGGGGCUGCAGCGCGUGUGCUGGCUGCGCUCUGUCAGCCAGGCGGCCCAGCCCUGGGUGGAGACCGUGCGCUACCAGCCGCUGGGCGUCUUCUCAGGGCGGGGCGAAGAGCCUGGCCCUGGGGAAGAGCCCUUCGAGGCCUGGCUGGACCACGCAGGCGACAUGCUGCAGGUGUGGCAGUCGGUCUCAGAGCGGGAGCGGCGGCGGCGGCUGCUAGAGGGCCUGCGCGGCACAGCCCUGCAGUUGGUACACGGGCUCUUGGCAGAGAACCCCGCACGCUCAGCGCAGGAGUGCCUGGAUGCCCUUGUCCAGGUCUUCGGGGACACGGACUCGGAAGCGGCCACACGGCUGAGGUGUCUGACAGCCCAGCAGAGGCGAGGCGAGCGCCUGUCCGCCUUCGUGCUGCGGCUGGAGGUCGUGCUGCAGAGGGCCGUGGAGAAGGGUGCCCUGGCCAGAGCCGCGGCCGACCACCUGCGCCUGAGGCAGGUGCUCACCAAGGCCACCCUCAUCGAGCCCCUGGACGAGGCGCUACGCAAGCUGAGACUGGUCGGGAGGGCGCCCAGUUUCUUGGAGAUGCUGGGGCUGGUGCGGGAGUCCGAGUCGUGGGAGGCCACUCUGUUUAGGAAUGACCGGGCCCCACCGGAGGAAGGGGCCGGACCCAGUGCUGGAACACCAGCAGCAGAAGGCAGAGGCAACCCCCCAGUUGAGGGUGACAGGGCACUGGUAGAGGGAGGCGACCCUCCCCCUACAUCUGCCCCUGCCCCUGCAAGUAUCGGGCACACAGGCUCUGCAGAGGUCCUUGGGGCCAGCGUGGGCAGCACCCCAGCGCAGGUGGGCAGCGAACCCGGGGCAGGCCUAGCCUGUGGGCAUGAGGGCCUUGUCCAGGCUGGAGACCCGGAGGCCAUGGAGGCUGAAGCGGCAGUGGCCGAGGUCCCCGGAGAGCGGCUUCAGCCCAUCCUGGAGGAGCCAGAGAACGAGGGCGAGGCGGGAGAUGCGAGCCUGCCCGAGUCCUCCGAGUGCUCCUCUUCGGACCAGUAGGCUGCAUCCUGGCCGCGGGAAGGGCCCGCCAGGCCUCUGCGGGCCCCACCCCAAGCCCCCAACCCCAUCCCGAGGUCGUCGCAGCCACAGGGCCACCACACAGCCCCAGUCUCACACCUGCCACGAGGUGCCAGACCAUGGGGCACCUGGAGAGCCAUGCCCUCGCCCUGCUCCACGGCCUCCUUGGAGCUUCGCCCCUGCUUUUCUGGCAUAGAGACCAGCCAGCUGUUGCUUGCUGUCGUGCAAGUGUGUGUAUGUGUGUGCCUGCAUGCAUGCAUGCCUGUGAGUGCUGACCUCCUUUCCCUCUCCCCUCCCACCUGCUGCCCACCCGAGCAGCUACUCCCUCCGCCAGAGCCAGGCCCAGGCCCAGAGGACAGUGGGCAGCACACACAGACCAGGAUGUGGCUGCCCUCACCCUGAGAGCCAACGCCGGGAAGGAGGAAGGAUGGACCCCCCAGGCCUGGCACGUGCGAGGAGACCCGUGCUUCAAGAUCCACCCAAGCUGUUGUUUGUGACUCUGAUUCCUUCACGUGGUGCCCUGUGCUCAGCCGUGUUUUCCAGUGUUGUUCCCUGCCCGUUCCAGAGUCCCCUUGGGGACCCCAGGGGGAAUGAGGCACUGGGGGCUGCUGGUGGGGUGACUUGCCCCCUCAGUUGUGAUCCCUUCCCUUGGGCAGUUUAUGUUUCUUUUCAAUAAAUCUCAGUCAGUGUUGCUGCUA